GGAAGUAACCUGAACGAGGGCGGUGUACUGAAUGUAACGUCACUCUUCAUACAAACCUUUUAUUACUUUGCUGAGGUUGCCAGUUUCUUUGUUACCUGGAUAAAAUAACAUUUCCACAGCAUUUUUCAUCAUGGUGUGUUAGUUCUACUUCCUCGUGGAAUGGGCACUCAUUCACUCUAUCACUUAGUAAUAUUAUUAGAGGAAACCAAGAAGAAAUUAUCAAAAUCGCUUUCAUACAGUUCUCCAUCCUUACCGUAUCCAUUUAUUAUUCGGAAGUCGCUAAAAAAGGCUAGGCACUCCGAAUUAAAUACUUCAGAUAUUCAAGGUAGCAGGCAAUUUAAUCAAAUUACUGUGGAGACGUAUACAAUGGAUACCUCAGAGUCGUGGGAUCUAGACAAUUGCGAAGAGAUAAGUUUUCUGUCGGGUAAUCCAACAGUCGAAACCACUGAAGUUUCAAAACAUCCUAAUGCUUCUUAGGAGAGAAGUUCCACGAUGUAAUGACAUGGUUACGAGCACUGUGCUAUGUUUCUUUUCUGUACCAUCUCAUAUAACAGUGAAAGACUUACUGAGGUUUAUUUCACCUAUGCGGUUUGUUUGUAAAUUAUAGGUAAACUUUUCAGUAAUGUGAUUGUAGAGCUGAAAAUCGUAAAGGAUAGUACUCCAAAUCAGUAUAUGGCAUUGAUAAAGUUUCGUACACCUGUACGUAUAUGUUAUUUCCGUUUUACAGCUGUAGGAAGACACAGGCCAUUUUUAUGAUACUUACAAUGGCACUUCUUACAAUAAUUUGGAACAAGAAGCGUGCCAACUAAUGUAUGUCUCACAUGUAGAGAUCACGCACCCUUCUACAGGCGUUGCAUUUCCCACCAAAGAUUUAAGGGAGUUGCCUUCUUGUCCGGUGUGUUUGGAGCGUCUGGAUGAACCCGUGCAAGGGAUACUGACUACAAUUUUAUGUAACCACACAUUCCAUGAUGGGUGUAUUUCACAGGUAGAAGAUACCAUUUGCCCAGUUUGCCGUUAUGUCCAGUCACCUGAAAUGCUCUCUGACAGUCAGUGUGCAGACUGUGAUAUAAGAGAAAACUUAUGGAUUUGUCUCAUAUGUGGUCAUGUUGGUUGUGGUCGUUAUGGUCAAAAACAUGCACAGGUGCAUUUUGAGGAAACAGGACAUACAUUCGCCUUAGAGCUCGGCAAAACUUUGGUCUGGGAUUACGCCGACGAUGCAUAUGUUCAUCGGCUGGCUGUUAAUCAUGAGGAUGGCAAAUUAGUUCAGCUUGGACCCAAUAAUGAAACUGGUAACAAAAAGCUAGAUAUAAUUAGCAUGGAAUUCAGUGCCAUCUUAACAAGUCAACUGGAAUCACAACGUGCAUACUUCGAGUCCCAACUGGAUUUAAUAACUACUCAGUCAAAUGUUCGUCUCGAAGAAAUGGAAUCCCGUGUCGAAUCUGCCUUAUCUGCUGCGCAAACAGCCGAAAAGAAACUCUCUGAAGUCAUAAAAGAGAACUUAGUUAUCAGUCGUAAAUUGCAACAAGCAACAUCACUAGCUCAACGUUUACAAAAGGAUUUGGAAGAAGAACGUGCUUUAAAUCGAAGUUUACUUAUAAAUGAGAAAACCUGGCGUGAAAGAACAGAACAAGCGGAAUCGGAAGCGAAAACAGCCCGUGCAGAAUGUAGGGAAUUACUAUUAAACUUGGAAUUACGAGAUAAAUUAAAUGAAUUAAACACAAAUAAAGAGCUGACAAAAGAUGAACUCGAAACAUGUGAAAUCUCUUUGCAACCCAGUAGUUCACAAAAAGCAAGUCGAAGACGACGUAAACGCUAGAAUCUUUUCUACAUAGAUGUCUACUAAAGAGGAAAUGCUGUUAGAUGAAUGAUAUAAUCUUAUUACAUUUGACAGUAUUAUAUAUCUUCACUUUUUCUAAUCUAAUUGUCAAUUCACUCAAUCAUUGAUUUAGAAAAAUUUAUAUGUGUAUAUUGUUAUUAAUUUAUGGAAGGUAAUAUCUAAUUCUACUGUCUGCUCUCUUAUUCCAAAUUGUACAACCUUUUUUCUUCAUAUGUUUCGUCUUUGUUUUAACUUAAUAAAUCCUAAUUGUUUUAUGACUUCUAUCAAACUUCAAAAUAUAAAUAAUCAUAAAAUUAAAAUAGAUUUUGCAAAUCAUGUCUCUAAUUUACUUACAAAUGUUAACUAAACAAUAAUCAGUGUUGUACGAAUAAAAUGUAUUUUCGCUGUA